GCCCAACUCCAGGCGGUCCCGGCCGCGACCUCUUCCCCCCCGAGCCCGCGCGCGGGCGCCCCCCCGGACAGGAGCGCCGGCGCGCCCCGGUGACCGAUGCCCCGGCUGGACGACCACUGCUGGAGCUGUUCGUGCGCCCAGGGCGCCAGGCACCGAGGCCUCCCGGUGGCCGGGGCCGGAGGGCUGGCGGCUAAAGUGGGAGACAUGCUCAGCCCCGCGGCGCUGGCGGCCCGCCGCGGCCCGGACCCCGCGCCCGCUCACGGGCCUCGCAGCCCCGGGGCGGGGGGGGCUCGCGGCGCUGGCGGCGGCUCCCCGGGCAGCUGGCACCACCACCUGGUGCGACGGAGCCUGGUGCUGUUCUCGGUGGGGGUCGUGCUGGCCCUGGUGCUCAACCUGCUGCAGGUGCAGCGGAACGUCACGCUGUUCCCCGAGGAGGUCAUCGCCACCAUCUUCUCGUCGGCCUGGUGGGUCCCGCCGUGCUGCGGGACGGCGGCCGCUGUGGUGGGCUUGCUGUACCCCUGCAUCGACAGUCACCUGGGAGAACCACACAAGUUUAAGAGAGAGUGGGCCAGCGUGAUGCGCUGUGUGGCUGUGUUUGUUGGCAUCAACCACGCCAGUGCUAAAUUGGAUUUUGCCAAUAACGUCCAGCUCUCCUUGACGUUAGCAGCCCUGUCUUUGGGCCUCUGGUGGACAUUUGACCGUUCAAGAAGUGGCCUUGGGCUUGGGAUCACUAUUGCCUUCCUGGCCACUCUGAUCACUCAGCUGCUGGUGUACAAUGGUGUCUAUCAAUACACGUCCCCAGACUUUCUCUACAUCCGCUCCUGGCUGCCGUGUAUCUUCUUCUCAGGAGGUGUCACCGUGGGCAACAUAGGACGGCAGCUGGCGAUGGGCGUUCCUGAAAAGCCGCACAGUGACUGAGUCUUCAAACCCCCCGAAGAAGAGCACGAUGUGGGAAGAGAGUCUGUGACAUUGGAUUGUGGCAAAGAUGAUCUUUUUUCCGCAGUGAUGAUCUAUUUAGAUUGGGCUGACUGUACCAGUGACUCCCGGAGAAAUGACUCACCUGUCUUAGAAUAGCAAGUGAAGAACUGCUUAUCUUGAAAUGGUACCUUGCUUGAUGCGUCCAUGCCUGCGUCCUGCUCUAGAGAUGCGCCCCCCCAGCGGGUGCGGGCGUCAGGCGGGUACGGCUCCCCGAGUCCUCGAUCUCAUUUAUGUUAUUAAAAGCAAGUUGCCAUAUUUCAAAGCCUUGAACUAAAGCCUAAUUACCAGCUCCUGGUUUUGUACCCGUGCCCAUAGGGGAUAGCUUGAUGGUGCUUAACAAAGGUGAAGUGUGGAAAAAUAGGAAUAAUAUUUAUCCAAAAGAUUUUUUUUUUCUAAGAAUAGGGUUGUGUAAAAAGCGAAGUUGUGUGGCAGUGAGCCCCGGGAGGCCGCGCCCGCGCCGAGACGCUUCACACUCCCAUGCCGCAUGAGCGUGUGCAUCGCUGUGUGCAGCUGUGCUUCGCUCCCCCUGUGGGAUUCCGUGCAGACAAUCUUACUGAGUGCAGAGGGCAGCGAAGGCCGUAGUCCUACACUGUGAUAGACCGGAGUUCUCACCGCGGUACUUGACGAGUCUCAUCCAAAAUCCAUACCCACCUGAGAGGGAGUACCUGUCUGCCGUGUGUCUCAGUCUUAGCGAGCCAGAGUCAUGUGUGGUGUUUCUUCAAUCCUCCAGAAUAGACAUGGCGAGUUUUCCACAGCCCUAUGGAAUUUGCAAUCUGUGAUUGCCUUGUAAAAAGAUGCGUGCACAUGUCACCACAUUGAACAUUUGGUGUUUCUAAAUACUCAAAGAUAUCGGUGAGCACAAUGUAUUCACUUAAUGGCAUAGACCAUAUUAGACCCACUUUGCAAGGAUUGGGUCUCAAACUUCAAGUGCAAUGUAUAUGAAAACCAAUCUGAGCCUUGUAUUCUCUUAAAUAUUUAUUAUUAUUUUUUUUAACGUAUGAGAUGUUGAAGAGGGGUUCUCCAUUCAUUUCAGUGCUGCAUGGAGGCAAAAUUCAGCAAUAAUUUCUUUCAGUUCUGUUGCACCCUCCACUGAGCCCUGGUCCUUUGAAAAUACUCCAGUUUUGUGGGUUUAGUAGAUUUGUCAUUUUUACUUAACAAAUUUACCUUUUUGUAUUUUGCAAUUGAAAUGUUUUUGUUUUAAAUCCUGUGAAAGUGACUUCAUUAGGAGACUCUUUUUGGCUAGAAACAGGCAGUGGGCAGGACGGGGGUCGGAGUCACUGGCAUCCGCGGCCGCGGAUGUGUGCGUGGUGGUCUCGUCGCGCCUGUUUGGUUUUGUUCUGACAAAAAUACCAUGGAAUAAAUUUUCGGUGACUGUGUAGCUAAUCUGUUCUAGAGGAAUUUUGUGUAAAAGUCAACGAGAUCGUUCUGAACUUUGCACUGACCCCUUACAUGUUUUCUGAAAGUGAAGACGGAUGAUUAGCCGUGUGUGAAAAGAUUUCUCAAGGAAGAGGUCAGCAUCUUAUGAGAAACCAGAAGUUAUUAGGUGAAAGCAGUAAUUGAAUCUUUAAAAUAUACUUGAUCAUGUACAAACAGUAAGUAUUUUUUUCUCUGAAACUGGAAGUAAAUCUUUAUCUGUUAGAAAUAAUGUAGCCAAAAAAAAAAUGUGAAUCUGAAGAAUUUUUUUGCCAAUACUUUAUAGCAAGUAUAUGAACCAAAGUGAUUUGUGUUUGUAAAAAUGUAAAAUACUCUGAACAAAAUUUGCACUAUAUCAGAUACAAACAUCUAGUGAGAUUCACAUUCAUACUAAGUUUUCAGCACUGUGUUCUUUUUGCAUUCAUUUUUUACUUUUAUUAAAGGUUCAAAACCAA